UUUUUGGUGGGACAGAGGUGGUGAGAUCCCUGCUGCCAUUUACAGUGCAUGUCCACUUUCAGAGACAAGGAGCAACGUGGGCAAGAAGAGCCUUGGUUAUUGAUUAAUACUCUGGAUGGAAGAUUUAGUAUCUGAAAGUAGAUGUAGAGGGGUAAUUGGUCAGUCCAGAACAGACGAAUUGCCUCCUUCUGCUGCUCUCAGUGUUGACUCAUCCUGCGGAUCCUGCCUGAAAAGCAUCAAGCGCUGGGUGCCUUUGGACUACAAGCAUGAAAUGGUUCAGCUUUUAAAACUUGCAGGUCCUGUGUUCAUUUCACAGUUGAUGAGCUUCCUGAUCGGCUUCGUCAGCGCGGUGUUCUGCGGUCACCUGGGAAAGACGGAGCUGGCAGGGAUGAUGUUAGCAAUGGCAGUCAUAAAUAUCACAAGUAUUUCCAUCGGCUAUGGUUUGAUAUCAACAUUUGAUACUCUCAUAACCCAGACUUAUGGAAGUGGUAACCUGAAGCGUGUAGGAGUGAUCCUCCAAAGAGGAGUUUUGAUCCUCCUCUUAGCCUGUUUCCCCUGCUGGGCUCUCCUUAUUAACACUCAGUCCAUUUUACUGGCUGUCAAGCAGAGCACGCAGGUUGCAAGACUGUCACAGCUGUAUGUGAAGAUCUUUAUGCCGGCUCUGCCAGCUGCCUUCAUGUACUAUCUGCAGGGGAGGUAUCUUCAGAAUCAGGGCAUCAUGUGGCCCCAGGUGAUAUCCGGAGCCAUAGGAAAUGUUUUAAAUGCUGUUAUCAAUUACAUCCUCCUCAGUGUUCUGGAUCUGGGGAUUGCCGGAUCCGCAGCUGCCAAUGCCAUCUCACAGUACUCCCUGGCUGUGUUCCUGUUUUUAUGCAUCUACAUCAAAGGGCUGCACAUACCUACAUGGGAUGGCUGGUCUAGAGAUUGCCUGCAAGAAUGGGGUUCCUUCCUCCACUUGGCCCUCCCCAGUAUGCUGAUGUACUGUCUGCAGUGGUGGUUGUAUGAGAUUGCAGGGUUCCUGGCUGGUGUCAUCAGUGAAACAGAGUUGGCGGCUCAGUCUGUAGCUUAUGAAGUGUCUACUGUCGUUUUCAUGUUUCCUGUAGGCUUUUCUGCUGCUGCCAGUGUUAGGGUUGGAAAGGCUCUUGGUGGUGGGAACACAGAACAAGCUAAGCUGUCCAGCAAGGUCUCCCUUCUCUGUGCAUUGAUUUUCUCAUGUUUCCUUGGAGCCGGUAUUGGUAUAGCCAAGGAUGUGAUUGGUUACAUAUUUACCACAGAGAGAGACAUUAUACAGAGGGUGGCUAAUAUCAUGAAGAUAUACAGUUUCAUCCAUGUUGCUGAGACUAUUGCGGGUGUGUCAGGAAGCAUUGUCAGGGGGGCAGGGAAGCAGAAGAUUGGUGCGCUGUGCAGCUUGGUGGGAUACUACCUCAUUGGGUUCCCGAUUGGAGUAUCUUUAAUGUUCCCUGUGAAAAUGGGAAUUUUUGGGCUUUGGACUGGGUUUUUAGUUAGUACUUCUUUACAGUCCAUGUUUUUUAUAACUUUCCUGUGUAAACUAAACUGGACGAAAGCCACUGAGGAGGCACUUGUAAGAGCAGGAGUCCAAAUUACAGAGAGGAAUACUAAUGUAGAAGAAAGGCCAGAGCCACUCAAUUCAGAUGAGAGGGCCUUGGGCGCAAUGGCCUUAUCCACCAGGCAGCUGGUGUUACGACGUGGUGCCACUGUGCUGCUAAUGUUCGUCAUCCUUGCUGCUGGAGUUAUCAUCAGCGAGAUUCUCAUCAGACGCCUUGAAAAGUGAUUGAAUAAUGUGUGCAGUACAAAACAAACAAACAAGUCUGCCUUUAGGAGUAUAUGUGACAUGUAUCAUAGUAAAGCAUAUCUUAUAAACCAGCUUAAUAUUUAUCACAGGAUGCUGUGAAGUUCUGUCUGCACCCAUAAUAUGAAGUAAUUAGGAUGACUGUGAAGACUGUGAAUUGCCCCAUCUCAACUAAUUCAUCAUUUAAAAUAUUCAGUCCAACUUUUACACAAUUUUAGGCCAUUUUGUUUUCUGCACUUAGUGCAUGAGAUGGCAAAUAGCAGCAUUAGAAUGAGCAGUAAUUACUGAGCUUUCUAAAAGUCAAACACGCUUCUUGGGGCUGAAUUAUAGCUUCAUUUCCUGACAUUACUGCACAAUCAAAAUGUCUUUAAAGCCACAGAAUAUUAUCUGCUUGCCAUUUCAGUAGUAGUAUUUGAGGUCAGUUUUCUAGCUCUUUCUAGAUCUAAUUUAAUCCAUAGUCGGAAAAAUAUAGUAAAUGAAAAGCCAAACUGAAAAUAGUUACUGUAUAGACAAGACGUUCUUUUUUAUAGGAACAUGCUGUGUAAGCUGAGCACCAAUCGAGACUGUGAAAUAAAUAAAAUUUCCCAUCCUACAAUUCAUAGCCUGAAUUGGUGCCGCAAUUAGAACCUAACAUGAUUAAAGGUUAUAUUUAGGCUACAGCACAUCUGUGGAAAGGUGCUUUCAUCAUCAAAAGGCAGAAAUGCUACUCUCUUGCUUGGUUUAUCUUGCGUUCCUUUGAUCUGUGUUGCCAAAUUUGAUGAUAAUGAAAGGCCUGUAUGUGCUCACUGUAACAUGCUGGCUGGAUAAAGACAUGUCACCCUGAGCAAAUCAACCACCUGUUCCCUCUGCCCGAGCAGAUAACCAGCUCACAGCUGAAGCCUGCUCAUAAAUAAAGGAUUCAACCUGCUUAACAAUGAACAGUCAACCAUGUGGGAUUUUGGCAUGAAUAUGUGGUGUUUGUACACAGCUAUUAAUUAAAUAAAUUGACUGUUUGUAUGUAAUAUCUAAGGUUAGCCUGGAAUCAGUUAGCGCAAAGGCUAGAAAGAGGAAUCACUGCUCAAAGAUAACAACCCCUAACAAUCUGCAUUUAAAUACCUCUAAAGCUCACUAUCUACUCAAUUGUGACCAGUGACUAUACCAGAGCCUGGCUCCUCCUUGUACAGUCUGUCCUAAAGCAAAGACAUGCUAUUGUGUUUGGGCCAGAUUUCAAUUAAUUCUUUUUUUGGAGCAAGUCAAGAACAAGUAAAUAAGAAAUCUGAUUUUUAUUUGAUUUUAAUCUGAACUCAACCAGCAUGAGAAGUUCCCAAAUUACGCUCAUAACAUGUUAAGUAAAUAGAAAACAGGGGAACAGGUUUUGGUUGCUCUAGCUUUAUUUUUGCUUUUUCUCAUCAAGCGUAUUCCCCUACUACAUUACUUUUAUUUUACUUGUGCUAAUGCUAAACCUUGAUGUUAAGCAGCUAAUGGAUGGUCACACAAGGCCCUGCACUUGCUACAGCUUGAUGUUUGCAACAGUACGGUUAAAAAAAAACUUGCAUAUUAAUUUAUCGUUAUUCAACAUGUAAAUCAGGUUUGAUUCAUACAAGGUUACAUCGUCAUCUGAGCUUCAGUCUUGCUCAUCAGUGGAGGUAUUGCCACAGGCUCCUCACAGAGACCAUAAUCUUGGUCUGCUCACCUCCAGAGACUGCAAUCAGUAACACGCUGCGGCGUCAUUAACAAGUGAAAAGUGACUGUCUAAAGAUUUGCUGUUAGUAUCUUUAGACUGCAACUUAGUCUCUUUACGAGUCUCAUAAUAACUUUUCAGGUGUUGUAACCACAAAGCACAAUAAUAUUCUUGAACCUCAGUUAAAUUAUGACUCCAAUUAAUGCAACAAUAUAAAGCCGGGACUGAGUUUAAAUGUUCAAAUUUAAAUGGAAAUAAAUAGAAAUAGUAAUAAAUGUUGAAACGAACACA